UAUUUCGUAUGAUAAUCUGAUGCUUGCACUGGAACCAGAAUCAGCCGCAAUAUUCUGUAAGGAGCAGGCCAUACAUAAAGCCGACGGUGCCGACGGACCGUUUUUGUCUGCAUUUAAUCCAGGACAAAGAUUUCUAGUAGCUGACCUUGGAGGAGGCACCCUGGAUACGACAGUUCAUGAAGUAUUACCUGACGGAUUAUUGAAGGAACUACAUGCAGCUACAGGUGGUGCCUGGGGAGGUCAAAUGGUCAAUGCUGCUUUUGAGAAUCUAUUGCAGGAAAUUGUUGGUUCUGAAGUGUUCGAGGAAUUUUGCUCGGAAAAGACUAAUGGUUGGAUUUCACUUCAAAAAUGCUUCGAAAUCAAGAAAAGAGAGUUCACGACUCACACUGAAAUCUCAGACAUUGAUAUUCCAAGGGGUCUGGCAGAUAUCUAUAAGGAAAAAACGAAGUCAGAACUGAGAGGAAAACGUUUUAAAAGAAAUAUCCAAAUACUAAAUGACGAUAUUUUGAGAUUGCCCUCGGAAGAAAUGAUCAGAAUGUUUGCAUUUGCUACUGGCAAAAUUAUCGACCAUAUUGAGCAGCUAUUUAAGAAGAAAAACUUGAAAGGUGUAUCUUCUAUUUUGUUGGUGGGAGGUUUCUCAGAGUCUGAGAUUGUAAGUAAAUCUAUCCGGAAUCAUUUCAACAGAUUGAAUGUGCAUGCUCCGGGAUCGGCGAGCUCCGCUAUAUUGCAGGGAGCUGUUAUGUAUGGAAUCAAUGAUAGAAUCAUAGCCACGAGAGUAAGUCCCUACACAUACGGUGUACAUACCGUCCGAGUAUUUGAUAAACACAGACAUCCAAAAGAACGAAUGGUUCAGUUUAAAAUCCAGCAGGUGGUAAGAAAUGCCUUUUGUAAACAGAUUGAGAAGGGAGAAACUGUCUACGUUGGCGAGGAUAAACGUGGGACGUCGUUUACUGUUUUGAAUCGAAAUAGACCCUCUGUCUUUUGGAAGGUCUAUCAGACAGAAGAUAAUGACCCCAUAUUUUGUGAUGACCUAGGCUGCAGCUGCAUUGGUACAUUGUCAAUACAAAUUCCAGAAUACAUCACGGCCAAAACCAUUAAACUGAGAGUCUAUAUGACUUGUCAUGGGACAGAAUUACAAGCAACGGCAACUAUUAAAGAUUAUGGAAUAACAACUGUUGGGAAAUUUAGCUUCCUUGACAAGGAUUACCAGUACUCUGGUGACAUAAUAGAAGACAGUGACUGA